AGUAGAAUGAAACAAACCCUAACGAAAUAAUAAUUAUGAUUAAUUAACACUCUAAGAUUAAGGUAAUACAUAAUUAAUUAAGAAAUGAGAUUAAUUAAAGGUUGCUAAUCACGCGGUGAAUUUAGUCUCUAUAAAAGCAGUAGCUCACCUUCCACAACCUUCAAUAUCAACUCACCACAACCUUCUCUCUUACUCUCUCACUCCUUUUAUAUUCCUCUCUCUCUAUCUAUAAAAUAUAUAUAUAUAUAUAUAAUUAAAAUUCGAUCUUGUGUAUAUAGAAUCAAAUUAAAUAAAGAAUAACAAAAUGGAGAAAAGAGGAGGAAGUAGUGGAGGUCCAGGAACAUCAGCAGAAGCAGAGGUAAGAAAAGGACCAUGGACGAUGGAAGAAGAUCUUAUUCUCAUCAACUAUAUCGCCAACCACGGCGAUGGUGUUUGGAACUCUCUUGCCAAAUCUGCAGGUCUAAAACGCACCGGAAAAAGUUGCCGGCUCCGAUGGCUAAACUAUCUCCGCCCCGACGUACGACGGGGAAACAUCACGCCAGAGGAGCAACUUAUCAUCAUGGAACUUCAUGCUAAGUGGGGAAACAGGUGGUCGAAAAUCGCCAAACACCUUCCAGGAAGAACCGACAACGAGAUCAAAAAUUUCUGGAGGACAAGAAUCCAAAAGUACAUCAAGCAAGCGGAUGCAACAACAACAUCGUCCGUUGGGUCCCAUCAUAGCUCAGAGAUCAACGACCAAGCUGCAAGCACGUCAAGCCAUAAUGUCUUUUGUACACAAGAUCAACCGAUGGAGACUUAUUCUCCUACACCAACGUCGUAUCAACAAAUCAAUAUGGAAUUCAACUACGGUAACUAUUCGACGGCGGCCACGGCGACAGUGGAUUAUCCGAUACCGAUGACGGUUGAUGAUCAAAGCGGUGAAAACUAUUGGGGUAUGGAUGAUAUUUGGUCAUCAAUGCAUUUACUGAAUGGUAAUUGAUUGAUUGAUCCGGUGGACACAACAUGGAAUAUUAAUUGAGUAUUUAUAUAUGAUUUUUAGGAGUACUAUUAUUAGUACGUGACAUGUAUAUGUUUUUGCCUCGUUGUCGAGGUUUGGGGAUAUAAUUAAAAUAUAUAAUGUUAUUUAUCUGAAUCCUUGAUACAUAGAUUGGAUCUUUAUUGAACACAUGCUAUACAUAAAUAAAA